AUGUCUGGAUAUUAUCCGUCGCGCCAGAACGUCCCGCCGCAGUACUACAAUAUCGAUCCCAACGCGGUUCCCACUCCCAACAGUCUGCAUGCCCCACCAACUACAAUUCCACAUGGCUCCUACGCUCCAGCACUGCAAGACAACCCAUUCCACCCUGGAGCCCCUGGACCUUUUGUGCAAUAUAGCGAGCCUCUCAUUCACCCAACCUAUGUCGAUCAGUUCGAGGACGUGCCUGGGCCGAUAGGAUCAGCGCAAGGUGGGAACAACACCCGCCCACGAAGACGACCAGCUCCUGGCGAGCAAGUGAAGCAUCGUAGAACCCGGAGCGGCUGCUUUACGUGCAGGCAACGGAGAGUCAAGUGCGACGAAAAUCACCCCGUGUGCGUGAGGUGCCGCAAAGGGAAUCGAGAGUGCAUCUACCCAGAUGCACAGUCUAGUCAGAAGUCGACUCGCAGUGGGUUAAAGUCAGGCAAGUCUUCGUCCGCGGAAGGAACAUCGUCGCCCGAGGAUCAUGAUGAAGAUGGAAAGGGGUAUCUGCCUGCUAUUUUCGAUGAUGACGACGAUCAUGAGGAGGAUGAGGACGACGACGACGACGACAUUGGUUUCGAUGAGGAUUUCUUGUCCAAGAGCCAAGAACUCCAAGAUUCUUCGCACACACCAGGGUCAAUCCUAGAUCAGAGCACAUCGCCCUCUACCGAGGCUUCCUCCGUAGUUCCACCGACAGGACGACCGCCACUCUCGCGCAAAGGUAGCGCGCAAGCUACCAAGGCCGGUCCCGCGACGAAGGCUACCUCUGCAAUGGCCCGAGAUCUCCACUUCUACUUGAACUACUUCCAGCACCACAUGACGAUUCAUCACUAUUCGCUAAAGAGCGAUACCUACAAUUUCCUUAAAGGCGAUCUCUUAUCUCGCGCAAUGAAGUUUGAACCUCUCAAAUACGCAGUAGCAGGCUACGCUGCAUACUUUCACACAAUCUCGCAGCCGAACGGCCGUAUCUCAACUUUUCUCCAAUUCUACAAUGAAUCAGUCUCCCGACUACGAGUAUACAUUACGAAGAACAAGAAACAAGGACUUGCGACUUUCUUGACCAUACUUCAGCUCGCAAGCAUCGAAGAGAUGCUCGGUGAUUGGGUCAAUCUUAUGGGCCACCAGAAAGCUGCCUUUGAAAUGCUCACUCGCCUUUACACGCCGGAAAGCAUCACGCAAUCGGAAUUUCUCCUCAAGGUUCUCCUUUGGUAUAUUCGUUUCGACUUGUUCGUCGGCUUUCAGUCGGGCGGAGAAGCUGUGCUUGGUCGAGAGUGGUACGAAGCAGUACAUACUUCUUACGCGUCAAAAGUGCGCGAGGACCCCGAAGACCUAAGCAUGAAGUAUGAGGAGCGUUUUGCUUACUCGCGGCUGCUGGCAAAAGAUUCAAACGACCUUUUUGCAAGAACCGGAAAAGGACUUGUCAGUCCUCAAGACUUCAUGGCACAGCUACCACUACUAAAAGAGAAGCUGGAAAAUCUAGAAAAGAACAUAUGCACGGAACUUCUGGACCCCAGCCACAAGGUCAAAAACCUUCCAGGAGAGUAUAACCCGAAUGACAUUGUCAAUCCUCACGAGGAGAACGUCAUUUGGGGCGGUCCCUUGUGGACAACGAAUUUCCUUUGCCUCGAUAUGUGGGGGAUUGUGUUCAUGUACCACGUCUCGGCAGCAAUGGCCUUAAAACAACCCUUUGAUCCAGAGAUCACCAAGACAGCGUACAGAGCAGUGCAGCUCUUCGAAGCGAUGUGCGCAUAUCCCGACGCACCGCAAGGAACAAUUGUUGAGGCGCACGUCAGUUUUGCUAUCGCAAUUUUGUUCUUGCCAAAAGACCCAAAAACUGUACAAUGGGUCCGUCGCACUUUUGCCAAGAUUGAAGCAUCGGGGUACAUUUAUUCAGACGUCCUUCGAAACCGUAUGCUCGAAUCAAUGGGUGCCGGCCCGUCCGACUGGUGGCUACCCGACGACGAAGCGUGUCCGCCCAUCAUCCGCUCGAUCAAAGACUUCAUCAAGGACCGCACCAUGGCACCCAAGGAUCAGGUAUCGGAUGACCUACGCGAAAUGAGAGGCAUCUUCAGCUCUAUGACCAUUUCCGACUCUCCAAAUUCAGACGGCAUGACCAUCACAAGCGCAGACACAAUUGGCGCGGGCGUAUCUGGAAUGGACAUGUAUGGCUCUCCGGAGUGGGCGUCGGGAUACGGUAGCGAUCGCAAGUCAUCGAUCGCAGAGGCAUACGGAUCGAGCUCGCAGUAUUCCGUGCAGUAA